CCUUGUUUCAGGGGUUCUGAUUGGAAGAAGUCUUUUGACGCUGCUGCAGCCUCAGAGCGGCAGAUGGCUGACAUCAGGGGGCUUUUCGGCUGCUCCAUAGCGGUCUUUAACGGCUCUGGCUCGGCCUUCGGCAGCUCCGACUCGGUUUUUAGCAGCUCUGACUUGGCCUUUAUGUGCUUGUUUUAGGGUUAGCACAAGAGGCUAGCCACGUAGUUGUGUUAGCAUGUUGUUUAUGUUAGCCGGCUGAAGCCUAACAAGCUCUGUUGCUUUUUUAGCUUUGUUUUACGUAAUGUUUGCAAAUUAAAUUGUUAUUUUAGCUAUUAGCUCAUCUUUGAGUUAUAAGAACGCUUUGUACAUUUCUCUUUUCUUUUUUACACCGAAAUGUGGUUUUUACGGCGUGUGAGCUAACAGCUGAAGCUAAUGUUAGCAGGGAGCUGGGCUCUUUGUCAUCACACUGAGUUAGGGGUUUGGGUUAAUAUAAUAUGAUUUUCAUGUCAGUGAGGAUCUACCUGCUCCUUUUAUCAGGAUGCGUCACUGCCUCCGAGAGGGACGAUAAUGUCUAUGUGUCCGAGAUUUCUAAAGCCUGUGGUGACAUGCCGGAGCUCCUCAGGGCGUCCAGCGGUGUGGUCACCAGCCCUGGGUGGCCCUUCCAAUACCCAUCCAGAGUCAACUGUAGCUGGAACAUUAGGGCUCGGCCUGGAGACAAAAUCACCAUCAGUUUCCAAGAUUUUGACCUCCAGAGCUCCCAUCGAUGCUCCUCAGACUGGAUUUCUGUCAGCAGCUACAGAGGGCUGGAUGGACUCAGGGUCUGUGGUUCCUCCCUGCCACCCCCCUAUAUCUCUUCUCAGGACCACGUCUGGAUCCGUUUCCACUCUGAUGAAAGCCUGGCUGGAAAAGGAUUCAGACUGGCCUACAUCACUGGUAAACCAGAGGUGUCCAGCUGUGAUGUGGAUCAGUUCCACUGCUCCAAUGGAAAGUGCAUCCCAGACUGGUGGCGCUGUAACUCCAUGGAUGAGUGCGGCGAUAAUUCAGAUGAAGAGCUGUGUGUGGACUCUCCGUUCUCCUUCCAGCCCUGCAGCUUGAACCAGUUCCCCUGCCUGUCCCGCUACACCCGCAUCUACACCUGCCUGCCGCACAGUCUGCGCUGCGACGGCAGCAUUGACUGUCAGGACCUUGGCGAUGAGAUUGACUGUGACGUUCCAACUUGUGGUGAACGGUUGAGGAACUUCUACGGCUCCUUCAACUCUCCAAAUUACCCAGAUUUCUACCCUCCAGGAAGUAACUGCACCUGGUUAAUAGACACAGGAGACCACAGGAAGGUCAUCCUGCGCUUCACAGACUUCAAACUGGAUGGGACAGGUUAUGGAGACUACGUGAAGGUGUACGAUGGCUUGGAGGAGAACCCUCGGCAUCUCCUCAGAGUGCUCACUGCCUUUGACUCCAGAGCUCCGGUCGCAGUGGUUUCAUCAUCCGGCCAGCUUCGAGUUCAUUUCUACGCUGACAAAAUAAACGCAGCCAGAGGCUUCAAUGUCACAUACCAGGUGGAUGGAUUCUGUCUGCCCUGGGAGGUUCCUUGUGGAGGAAACUGGGGCUGUUACACUGAGCAGCAGCGCUGUGAUGGGUACUGGCACUGUCCAAAUGGUCGGGAUGAGAGGAACUGUUCAUCUUGUCAGGAGGAUGAGUUCCCAUGUUCCAGGAAUGGAGCUUGUUACCCGCGAUCAGACCGCUGCAACUACCAGAACCGCUGCCCCAAUGGUUCUGAUGAGAAGAACUGUUUCUUCUGUCAGCCUGGAAACUUUCACUGCAAGAAUAACCGCUGUGUGUUUGAGUCGUGGGUGUGUGAUGCUCAGGAUGACUGUGGCGACGGCAGCGAUGAAGAAAGCUGUCCAGUCAUUGUUCCCACCAGAGUCAUCACAGCCGCUGUUAUCGGGAGUCUCAUCUGUGGCCUCCUGCUGGUCAUCGCCCUUGGCUGCACCUGUAAACUCUACUCGCUUCGUAUUUUUGAGCGCAGGUCAUUUGAGACCCAGCUAUCCAGAGUGGAGGCGGAGCUACUAAGGAGGGAAGCCCCACCCUCUUAUGGUCAGCUGAUUGCUCAGGGACUCAUCCCACCAGUGGAUGAUUUCCCAGUCUGCUCUGGAAAUCAGGCCUCGGUCCUGGAAAAUCUUCGUAUCGCUGUUCGUUCCCAGCUUGGAUUCACCUCCCUACGACUCCCCUCCUCCACUCGGCAUAGCAACCUGUGGCGUCGCCUCUUGUCCUUUUCACGUUCCCAGCGGCCUGGUUCCCUAGCUCUGGUGUCUGGUGACCCAGAAGACAGCAUGGGCACAGGGAGCGCUGGGAGUCACAUUUCAGAUCCCCUUACACCAGACUCUGAUGAUACAGACACAGAAAGUGAGCGUGGAAGGGAGAGGGGUGUGGGGGCGGUGGGUGGUCCUGUUGCUUCACUCUCCCAGAAAGCCCCACCUCUUAGCGCUGUAGAGGCUAUAGUAUCUGUGACCACCUCCACAACCACGGUAACCACCACGCCCAGCUGGGACCAAGGCCAAGACAGACCAGAAGAGGCGCAGCAGCCUUCCAGCCCCAUUCCUGUAACUGCGGUACAUAGUCCACGUGACACUUCAGUGAUUCCGGUUCCUCCCACUUCUGUCCUGCAAUGGUUUACCCAUAACUUGCACCGCCUUGCCAGGAACUUGACCAGAAACAACCAGAACACCCACCAGAACCACAGCCCGCUCCGACAGCUGGAGACUGUAAGAGAUCAAGCAGAGGGAGCAGAACGACGGGGAAGCAGAGAGGAAGAAGAUGUGGAACUUCUUAUCCCAGUUUCUGAUUCAGACUCAGCCUCUUCGUUUUCGCUGGUUAGCGAGAGCCGGCGACCUCUGCUGGAGUCAUACCCGUCCUCCACAACAAGCCAUGGGUUGCGCCGUCACUAUGGCAACAGUGGCCGAGGAUCCAGAGAUGGUCUUUGUGAACACUGUGGGAUGGUCCACACUGCCGUGAUCCCUGAUGCCUGCUUGGAGGUCAUGGGCAAGAUGGAGAGCAGCGAUGAUGAAUUGCUGCCGUUAUGCUAACGAUCAAACCUCAGCCGUGUGUUCUUUGUCCAAACUGUUAGUUCCUUCUGAUAACAAGUGUGGUGGUGAAACCUAAACCUGGAUCCACAUUCAGGACAUUUUCCUGGCUGUGGAACUGCUGAAAUGUUUCCAGCGUCCUUCCUGGUGAUGGUUUCAUGUUUGUGUUGGCGCCUCUGUGGGUCAUGUGACCUUUUUCAUGCCGUUGAGUUUUUGUACGUUCCGUCACCAAACAGUCGACCUCUGGUCACAUGUUUUGAGCCACCUUUUGGUGAAAACUGGUCUUCAGGCAAGAUCUGAUUUUAUUAGACAAGUUCCAGAUCCACAUUUUUAAACAAAUCAAGAACCUUUUUAGAAUAAAAGAAACUUUAAACUAGAAAGGUUAAAGUGUGAAAGGUUACAGCUUUUAAAUUUAAAAUUCCCGUCCACACUUACUGGUUCACCGCUAAAAUAGUUUUCUUUAGCUUUCUCCCAUUUUGAGGGUUUUCCUUACUGGCAGUUUAAAUAUGGAAACAGUAGGUGGCGCUGCUCUUCUUUUCUACCCGAGAGAGUUUGCGUCACAUUCAGUUAUUCAUAGUCAUUAUUUUUGAACCAUCACUCUGAUUAUGAAGCUGGCCGGCUUCGUCAAAGCAUUCACUGUUGAUUUCUAACAUGUUGAAUUUACGAUGGCCUCACAUUCACUGAGAAAAAGCUCCUCAAGUGAAUAAAUGUGGCUUUAAUUUGCGAGUUUACUUGGAGAAAGAAAACAUUUCUCUGCUAACACAACUGACCUUUUGAUAGCUUUUCAUUGAAGUUCAUUUUCACAGUCGCCUCCUGUGAACAUUGAUGACUGUUGGUAUCCUCACUAACUUUCAGGUUCUGGUGACAGAAAAACUGUCAUCGUCCUGUCAGGGUACCGUUUGUGUCUGUAAGUCUAGACUCGGCUGUGAGCAGACUUCAAGGAGAGCUCUUCUUUUUUUAACCUGGGUCUUAAUUUUAGAUGUUUUUGGGUUGAACUGUUCACUUGCGCUAAAAAUUUUAAUCAGUCCAGUAUUGUGUUAGAAUGUUAACGCUGUCACAGGCCAAAACUCUCCCAGCAAACUUUGUCGCUGCCACCAAAUAGCCAAAAACAUCAGCUGUGUCAGACAUCACGGAUACGAUCCUGAUGGGGGUAAACAUGAACAAGUGGACCUCAGUAAAUGUAAAGAAUGUUUUUCAAACUGAUUAACCCCAAAACAUUAAUAUGACUGAGUUUGACUUGGAACUAAAAUCUUACCUGAUUCAUAGUGUGGACUACAAAUUCCAGAGUCCUUUUCUUCUCUCAAUUGGAUGGGGAAGCAUUGGAAGGAAAGUUAUUUGAAUGUCAUCUAACCAUGACCUUUGACCUAGGAGUCAGUGCAAAUCCUUGAUAAGCUUUAUCAAGUAUUUAUGAUCCUUGUUCCAGUUUUUGGAAACUUGUGUGACUAUUUAUUACCUUGUUGUCGUUUACUUGCAUGAUGACUUUCUUUGAGUGUGAAAACGGUUAAAGUUAAUUAUUAAAGUUUCAGAUGGACUUAAA